GCAGGGUGUCUGAGCUAAACUUCACCAAAUAAUAGCUGUUUGUAUUUUGGCUGCUGCAGGAGCCAUUUUAGGUAUAAGUAUCUUCCUUCAAUAGAUGAUAAUGAAAAUACAAAAGAAAGAGAAGCAGUUGUCAAAUUUAAAAGUUCUGAAUCACUCGCCAAUGUCUGAUGCCUCUGUCAAUUUUGACUACAAAUCCCCCUCCCCGUUUGACCGCAGCACUGAUCAGGAAGAGAAAAUUGAAGAUGUUGCCAGUCACUGUCUGCCUCAGAAGGCCCUGUAUGCUGCUGAGGAGGAAGCUGAGACCCUUUUCCCUCGGAAAAUGACAUCCCAUAAUGGAAUGGAGGACAGUGGAGGGGGAGGCACAGGAGUAAAGAAGAAAAGGAAGAAAAAGGAUGUAGGGGAGCCAGAGGGCACAGCGAAGGGAAGCAGGGACAGGGAGCCCAAGCCAAAGAGGAAGCGAGAACCUAGAGAGCCAAAGGAACCCCGGAAGGCCAAGGAGCCCAAGAGGGCCAAGGAGCCCAAGGAGCCUAAGCAGAAGGAUGGAGCCAAGAAAGCGCGGAAGCCCCGGGAGGCCUCAGGCACCAAAGAGGCCAAAGAGAAGAGGAGCAGCGCUGACUCCGGAGCCAGGACGAAGUCCAAGAAGGCCAGCAAGGAGCAAGGACCAACCCCAGUGGAGAGAAAGAAGAAAGGAAAGAGGAAAAGUGAAACCACAGUGGAAAGUUUAGAGCUGGAUCAGGGCCUGCCGAAUUCAUCCCUGCGGAGUCCUGAGGAGUCCACUGAGUCUGCAGACAGCCAGAAACGACGCUCAGGACGGCAGGUGAAGCGCAGAAAAUACAACGAGGACCUGGACUUCAAAGUGGUAGAUGACGAUGGGGAAACAAUCGCUGUUCUCGGGGCUGGCCGGACAUCUGCCCUCUCGGCUUCUACGCUGGCUUGGCAGGCAGAGGAGCCUCCAGAAGAUGAUGCAAACAUCAUUGAGAAGAUCCUGGCGUCUAAGACCGUCCAGGAGGUUCACCCAGGAGAGCCCCCAUUCGACUUGGAGCUAUUCUACGUUAAGUAUAGAAAUUUUUCCUACUUACAUUGUAAAUGGGCCACAAUGGAAGAGCUGGAAAAGGAUCCUCGCAUCGCACAGAAGAUCAAGCGAUUUAGGAAUAAACAAGCCCAGAUGAAGCACAUUUUUACUGAGCCUGAUGAAGACUUGUUCAACCCGGACUAUGUAGAAGUUGAUCGAGUCCUGGAGGUGGCCCACACCAAAGAUGCAGAAACAGGAGAGGAAGUGACACAUUACCUGGUGAAGUGGUGCUCGCUGCCUUAUGAAGAAAGCACGUGGGAGCUAGAGGAAGACGUAGAUCCUGCAAAAGUUAAAGAAUUUGAGUCUCUUCAAAUUCUCCCUGAAAUUAAGCAUGUGGAGAGGCCUGCUUCAGACUCCUGGCAGAAACUGGAGAAGUCUCGAGAGUAUAAGAACAGUAACCAGCUCCGGGAGUACCAGCUAGAGGGGAUGAACUGGCUUCUUUUUAACUGGUAUAACAGAAAAAACUGUAUUUUGGCUGAUGAGAUGGGCCUCGGGAAAACCAUCCAGUCCAUCACAUUUCUCUCUGAGAUAUUCCUCCGGGGAAUCCACGGCCCAUUCCUCAUCAUCGCCCCACUCUCCACCAUCACGAACUGGGAGCGGGAGUUCCGGACGUGGACAGAGAUGAAUGCCAUUGUGUAUCAUGGCAGCCAGAUCAGCAGGCAGAUGAUCCAGCAGUAUGAGAUGGUGUACAGAGACGCACAGGGAAACCCCCUUUCAGGAGUCUUCAAGUUCCAUGUUGUCAUCACAACGUUUGAGAUGAUACUGGCAGACUGCCCAGAGCUGAAAAAGAUUCACUGGAGCUGUGUGAUAAUUGACGAAGCCCACAGAUUGAAGAACAGGAACUGCAAACUUCUGGAGGGUCUAAAGCUCAUGGCCCUGGAACACAAAGUGCUGCUCACUGGGACACCCUUGCAGAACUCUGUGGAGGAGCUCUUCAGCUUGUUGAAUUUUCUGGAGCCAUCACAGUUUCCUUCAGAGACUGCUUUCUUAGAGGAAUUUGGAGAUCUGAAAACAGAGGAACAGGUGAAGAAACUGCAAUCUAUCCUAAAACCCAUGAUGCUUCGGCGGCUGAAAGAUGAUGUGGAAAAGAACCUUGCUCCCAAACAAGAGACGAUCAUUGAAGUAGAGCUGACCAAUAUCCAGAAAAAGUACUACCGUGCCAUCCUGGAGAAGAACUUUUCCUUCCUGACCAAGGGGGCAAAUCAACACAACAUGCCCAAUCUCAUCAACACCAUGAUGGAGCUGAGAAAGUGCUGUAACCAUCCCUACCUGAUCAAUGGGGCAGAGGAGAAAAUUCUGGAAGAUUUCCGGAAAACCCACAGCCCUGAUGCCCCCGACUUUCAGCUGCAGGCCAUGAUUCAAGCAGCAGGGAAGCUGGUGCUGAUUGAUAAACUGCUCCCUAAGCUGAUUGCAGGUGGUCACAAAGUACUCAUCUUCUCCCAGAUGGUGCGCUGUCUCGAUAUCCUGGAAGAUUAUCUCAUCCAGAGAAGAUACACCUAUGAGCGAAUUGAUGGGCGAGUACGGGGAAACCUGCGCCAGGCAGCCAUCGACCGGUUCUGUAAGCCAGACUCAGACCGCUUUGUCUUUCUUCUGUGCACCAGAGCGGGAGGCCUGGGCAUCAAUCUCACAGCCGCCGAUACCUGCAUCAUAUUUGAUUCAGACUGGAACCCACAAAAUGACUUGCAGGCUCAGGCCCGAUGUCACCGGAUAGGCCAGAGCAAGGCCGUGAAGGUGUAUCGCCUCAUUACUCGGAACUCCUACGAGCGGGAAAUGUUUGACAAGGCCAGCCUAAAGCUGGGCCUGGACAAAGCUGUUCUUCAGGACAUAAACCGAAAGGGCAGCACCAAUGGAGUACAACAGCUCUCAAAAAUGGAGGUAGAGGACUUGCUCCGGAAAGGUGCUUAUGGAGCCUUAAUGGAUGAGGAAGAUGAAGGCUCCAAGUUCUGUGAAGAAGACAUAGACCAGAUUCUGCAGAGAAGAACCCACACCAUCACCAUCCAGUCCGAAGGGAAAGGGUCUACUUUCGCCAAGGCUAGCUUUGUGGCUUCAGGAAACAGGACAGAUAUUUCCUUAGAUGACCCAAACUUUUGGCAGAAAUGGGCUAAAAUAGCUGAAUUGGACACUGAAGCAAAGAAUGAAAAGGAGAGCUUAGUGAUCGACCGGCCUCGAGUGAGAAAGCAGACCAAACACUACAAUUCCUUUGAGGAGGAUGAGCUCAUGGAGUUCUCUGAGCUAGACAGUGACUCAGAUGAAAGGCCCACGAGGUCCAGACGCCUCAAUGACAAAACCAGGCGCUACCUCCGAGCUGAGUGCUUCCGGGUGGAGAAGAACUUGCUCAUCUUUGGCUGGGGCCGGUGGAAGGACAUCCUGACUCAUGGGCGAUUCAAGUGGCAUCUGAACGAGAAGGACAUGGAGAUGAUUUGCCGGGCCCUGCUGGUGUACUGUGUCAAGCAUUACAAGGGGGACGAGAAGAUCAAGAGUUUCAUUUGGGAACUGAUCACACCUACCAAAGAUGGGCAGGCCCAGACCCUCCAGAACCACUCAGGGUUGUCUGCUCCAGUCCCCAGAGGGAGGAAGGGGAAGAAGACAAAGAACCAGCUGCUGCUCCCAGAGUUGAAGAAUGCAGACUGGCUGGCCACCUGCAACCCUGAGGUGGUCCUCCAUGAUGACGGCUAUAAGAAACACCUCAAACAGCACUGCAAUAAGGUACUUUUGCGAGUCCGGAUGCUAUACUACCUAAAAGCUGAAAUACUGGGAGAGGCAGCUGAGAAAGCGUUUGAAGGAACCCCUGCCAGGGAACUAGAAGUGCCUCUGCCUGACAUUGACUAUGUGGAGAUCCCAGUGGAUUGGUGGGACGCGGAGGCCGAUAAGUCCCUUCUGAUAGGCGUGUUCAAACAUGGGUAUGAGAGGUACAAUGCCAUGCGAGCAGACCCGGCACUUUGCUUCUUAGAGAAAGUCGGGAUGCCAGAUGAGAAGUCCCUUUCUGCAGAACAGGGUGUUACGGAUGGGACCUCAGACAUCCCUGACAGAGGCAACAUGGAUAAAGAAGACAACACUGAAGACAAGUUAGAUGGCCUGCAGAAGCAAAUGGAGAGUUCCCGUGAUGGAGGUGAUGGCAUUUUUGGCGAAAAGAAGGAUGACAGCCAGGCAGCCCAGGAUGGCUCCGACCCAGACAAAUCACCCUGGCCAGUUUCAUCUGCUCUCACGGCUCGCCUCAGACGUCUGGUCACCGUGUACCAGCGCUGUAACCGCAAAGAACUCUGCCGACCGGAAAUUCUGGGACCAGGUAACCAAGGAUACUGGGUCCAGGAAGAGAUGUUCAGGAGAACCUCAGAAAUGGAUCUCAUCAACAAGGAAGCUCAAAAGAGGUGGACUAGGAGAGAGCAAGCCGACUUCUAUAGAGCAGUGUCCUCCUUCGGGGUUGUUUAUGAUCAAGAAAAGAAAACUUUUGACUGGACACAGUUCCGCAUCAUUUCCCGUUUGGACAAGAAGUCGGAUGAGAGCCUGGAGCACUACUUCUAUAGUUUUGUGGCCAUGUGCCGGAAUGUCUGUCGUCUGCCCACAUGGAAGGAUGGCGGUCCCCCAGAUCCCAGCAUCUACGUGGAACCCAUCACUGAGGAACGGGCCGCGAGAACUCUGUACCGUAUCGAACUGCUGCGGAAGGUCCGAGAGCAAGUGCUGAGGUGUCCGCAGCUGCAUGAGCGCCUCCAGCUCUGCAGGCCCAGCCUCUACCUCCCAGUCUGGUGGGAGUGUGGGAAGCACGAUCGAGACCUGCUCGUCGGCACUGCCAAACAUGGGCUGAACCGCACUGACUAUUACAUCAUGACCGACCCCCAGCUGUCCUUCCUGGACGCCUACAGAAACUAUGCCCAACAUAAGAGAACGGACACCCAGGCACCAGAAAGUCUCUGUUGCCUUUACCAGACCAGCUCCAAACUAUACGAAUCUCUCACAUACACUCAGAUGAGCAGGACUUCAGAGCCCCUUGAAAAUGAACCUGAGAAUCUAGUGAAAAUAGAAGGUAGAGAUGAUCAUCCUGCUGUACCUGCGGGCAAUUUAUCUGACAUGCCUUGUGAAAACUUUAUUUCUAAAGUUCAGGAUGUCAUUUCCAUCCCCCAUGAUGAACGUCUGCUGCCUGAGUCCUUGGAAGGCAUGAUGUAUGGUAAGAAGGCCCUGAGUCGGGAGCCAGGCUCUUUUCAGGAGAGCCCAACUACCAGGACAGAACCCAGAAGGGAUGCUCUGGCCGUCUUGGCCAGCGAGGACGGGAAUUGGCAGCCUGGUGGCUGCGAAGCAGAAACACCUGCAGGCCCCUCUUUUAUGGACAGCUUAGAAGCAGGAGUAGCUCAGAUGAACAUCAAAAAUGGAAAACAUCUGUUGCUGUCUCUUUCAAGGGAAGGGGAGCUCUGCAGUGACACAGGGCAGAGACCUGAAAGCAUUGGGCAGCUAGAAGCCAAAUGCUUAGCUUCCCCUUCCUUGGAUCAAGGAAAUGAAAGUGGGUUUGUAGAUAUGUGCAAUCUUAGUGUCUGUGACUCCAGAAGAAGCCUGUCAUCAGAUCAGCAAUUAAUUGAUUUAUUAGAAAACAAAAGUUUAGAAAGUAAAUUGGUUUUGAGUCAGAACCACAGUGAUGAGGAGGAGGAAGAGGAGGAGAAUGAAGAGGAGAAUGUAGGCACGGCCGCAGGCCUGAGGCAAAGGCCCGAGGUUGUGCAUCUAGCUGAGCCCACUGCUGAUAUCCUGAGGGAAAAGAGCCGAGGCUUCCAUGUGGAGGAGGCCAUGAGCCAGAGCCCUGGACCACAGGGGGCGUUUCCUCAAGCAGCCUGUCUGUGUCACUGCAAGCACACAGAGGGGUGGACGCGUGGCCUCGAGAACGAGGAGUUUGAAGUGGAGAAACCCAAGGGUUAUAACCCAGACAUGUACAAAAGUAAAACCAAUAGUAUCACAGUGGAGGCUGAGCCCCCUGCUCCUCCGGCAGAGCCCUGUCAGGGGAAGCACGAGCUGUUAAAAGAGCCGUGGAAGGACAGUGCAGAGGGGAGAAAAGGUUUCCCUGUGUAUCCGGAAGCCAGUGAGCUCAAGUCCGAAGACAUGGAUUUUGAGAGUAAAGAUGAUUAUGACAGAGAUGGGAACGGCCAUGCUCAAGAUUACCCAGGGAAAUAUUCUGAAGAGGAGAGCAAAAGCUCAACAUCAGGCAUUGCAGGAGACCUUGGGGACGACCUGCAGGAGGCUCGGGCUCCCACCAUUGCUCAGCUGCUCCAGGAGAAGACCCUCUUUUCCUUCUCCGAGUGGCCAAAGGAUCGCGUGAUAAUCAACCGCCUGGAUAAUAUCUGCCAUGUGGUGUUAAAGGGGAAGUGGCCGUCGGGCCAGCAGUACGAGCCCUCGGGCACCCUGCCCCCGCCAGUGUUAAGCAGCAGUGCUGGUUCUCGGGGGAGCCUUUCGGAGCCAGAAGUGACCGAACUUGGCUUCAGCAGUAGUGCAGCAUUGGUGGCCCCGAUCCAGAAGGAGACCUUCCUGGCUCCAGUAUUCACAAAGGAUGACCAGAAGCACAGACGUCCCUACGAGUUUGAGGUGGAGAGGGAUGCAAAGGCCCGGAGCCUGGAACAGUUCUCUGCCACCCACGGGCACCCCCCCAUCGUCCUCAAUGGCUGGCACGGGGAAUCUGCAAUAGAUCUCUCCUGCACGUCAGAGGGGUCCCCGGGAGCCACGUCUCCUUUCCCAGUGAGCGCCAGCACCCCUAAGGUCGGGGCUAUCGGUUCACUUCAAGGAGCCCUUGGCAUGGACUUGUCUGGGAUUCUGCAAGCUGGCCUGAUCCAUCCAGUGACGGGACAGAUUGUCAAUGGAAGCCUCAGAAGAGAUGACGCUGCCACAAGGAGGCGGAGGGGGAGACGGAAACAUGUUGAAGGAGGGAUGGACCUCAUCUUUUUGAAGGAGCAGACACUUCAGGCAGGAAUCUUGGAAGUCCAUGAAGACCCAGGGCAGGCCCCCCCGAACACCUCACACCCUGAAGGGCCAGUGGCUGCCACUUCAGCCCCCGAGCCAGACCCAGCAGCCGGCAGCCAGGCGGAGAAAGCCAUUCCCAGCAAGAGUCUGCUGGACUGGCUGAGGCAGCAGGCUGACUACUCCUUAGAGGUUCCUGGUUUUGGAGCAAAUUUUUCAGACAAACCAAAGCAGAGGAGGCCACGCUGUAAGGAACCUGGAAAAUUAGACGUCAACUCCCUGAGUGGGGAAGAGAGGGUUCCCGCUGUCCCCAAGGAGCCAGGACUAAGGGGGUUUCUCCCAGAAAACAAGUUCAAUCACACCCUGGCCGAGCCUGUUCUUCGAGAUGCAGGCCCCCGCAGAAGGGGGCGGCGGCCCCGGAGCGAGCUCCUGAAGGCUCCUGCCAUUGCGGCGGACUCUCCCUCGGGGAUGGGGCCACUGUUCAUGAACGGACUGAUCGCUGGGAUGGACCUGGUAGGGCUCCAGAACAUGAGAAACAUGCCAGGCAUCCCCCUCACGGGCCUGGUGGGGCUCCCGGCGGGCUUUGCUGCCGUGCCCGCAGGGGAAGAGUCCAGAAGCACCCUGAGCAUGCUGCCCAUGGUGCUGCCAGGAAUGGCUGCGGUGCCGCAGAUGUUUGGCCUCGGGGGCCUCCUCAAUGCACCCAUGGCAACCACCUGCACCUCCACCGCUCCAGCGCCUCUGUCAAGCACAACAAAAAGUGGUCCAUCGGCGCCCGAAAAGACUGUAGAGGACAAGCCAAGUAGCCAUAAUGUAAAAUCGGACACGUUGGCUGAAGACAAGCCUGGUCCUGGUCCAUUUUCUGAUCAGUCCGAACCUGCAAUAACCACCAAUAGUCCUGUGGCUUUUAACCCAUUUCUCAUCCCAGGAGUGUCUCCUGGACUCAUUUACCCAUCCAUGUUUCUCUCUCCUGGCAUGGGCAUGGCUCUGCCAGCAAUGCAGCAGGCCAGACACUCUGAAGUGAUAGGUCUGGAGAGCCAGAAGAGGAAGAAGAAGAAAACAAAAGGGGACAGCCUGAACCCCAACCCAGAGCCCGCUCCCGGGUCUGAAAAGGAGCCAGGCAGCGAUCAGAACUGCCCCGAAUCCAGGACCCCCAGGCCCCCGGAUAGAGAACAUGCGGCCCAGACCAGGGAAGGGGGCCUCAAAGACUCUAACAGUGACACCAAUUAGAACUUUUUCAUUUAAGAAAUGAUUGUGACUUGUAAGUUUCUUAUCCCAUAAAGGUUUGUUACUUCCUCACUUCACCUUCAUAAGAACCUGUGUUUCCAUAAGUAAUAUUACCUACCUAAUUUUCUGAGAACUGUGGUCACAGAUGUUAAUAGUCGCAGGGUCUUGCCACUUCAUUAGCUGAGUGUCGUCGACCUAGUGUAGGAGGCACCGAAUUCUCAUUCUGUUACCGAGUUGUUCAUUCCAGCAGCCGUAGCUGAUACAGUACUUGGUGACAUGCCCCCCCCCACUUCUCCAAGUUUCCCCCUUAUUUGAGGAGGGACAAUGG